CCCACUACUCCGGUCGCGCGGACGACCCGGCCGAUCAGCGAGUCGCUGUUGAACGAGAAGUGGGACCGCUGCCUCUCCUCCAUGCUCAUCCGCUCCGGCCUCGGCCUCUCCUUCGGCAUAGUCUUCUCCGUACUCCUCUUCAAGCGUCGCGCAUGGCCCGCAACCGUUGGACUAGGCUUCGGUGCCGGCCGCGCGUGGGAAGAGUGUGAUAACUCAUUCAAGCACGCCGCCGCACCGUCGAAAGACGGGCUGAGAGUUCUGCGACCAUGA